AUGAUUGUCAUUAUAACCAAUAUUAUCAUUAUUAUUAUUAUUAUUAUCACUGUUAAAAGUAGAAAUGGUAAUAAUAGUAGAAGUGGUAGUAUUUAUUAAGUGGUAGUGUUGGUUGUAAUGGUUACUGAGGCCGUGGUGUUUGUGCUGGUUGUGGUCGUUAUGUUGGUGCUAAUUUUGGCGUUGAUUGGUGUGAUAGUGGUGCUUGUGGUGGUGGCAGUGUUGCCGGUGGUUCUGAUUGUGAAGCUGGUUUUUGUGGAAGGAGUGGUAGUAGAAGUGCUGGUAGUGAUGGUGUUGCUAACGGUGGUGGUCCUAGUAGUGGUGGUAAUGGUGGUGUCGGAAAUGGUUGUGGAUGCGGUAGUAGUGGUAUGGUGGUGUGGUGGUGGCAGUAAGAGAGGUAGUAGGUGGUGAUGUUAGUGAUGGCAGUAGUGGUAGCGGUGGUGGUAGUAGUGGUGGUGGUAGCAGUGGUAGUGGUGAUGGUUGUAGUGUUUUGGUAGUGGUAGUUGUGAUUGUUGUAUAUACUUGUGGAGGUAGUUGUUGCUGUAGUUGUGAGAGGUGGUUAUGUUAGCAGUGUUUUUUGUUGCAGUGAUGCUAAUUAUAUUGGCAAUAUUAGUGGCUGUAGAAGUAGUAGUAAUAGUAGUAGUAGUAAUUGUAGUAAUAGAAGUAGUAGUAGUAGUAGUAGUAGUAGUAGUGGUAGUAGUAGUAGUAGUAGUAGUAGUAGUAGUAGUAGUAGUAGUAGUAGUAGUAGUAGUAGUAGUAGUAGUAGUAGUAGUAGUAGUAGUAGUAGUAGUAGUAGUAGUAGUAGCAGUAGUAGUAGUAGUAGUAGUAGUAGUAGCAGUAGUAGUAAUAAUAAUAAUAGUAAUAGUAAUACUGGUGGAUAUUUAC